GUGUGUGUGUGUGUGAGGACAGUUGUCGUGCAGCAGGUGGUCGUUCAGGAUUUAUUUAGAAGCACCAGAAGCUCCCAGUCUGCUGUGAACACGAGGCUUGGACCAGAACCAGACUGGAUCAGAACCAGACUGGAUCAGAACCAGACUGGACCAGAACCAGACUGGACCCACAGAGCCUGCCACAGAACCCGGGCCGAGUCUCCCAGAGAUUCUGGGUUUUCUCUGGGUGAGCGAUCCUCUACGCUGACAGCACACAUGGCCGGACUCUGAUCCAGGACCAGCUGGAGGCCACCGCCGCCGCUCCACACUGAUGGAGGUGCGGCUGUUACCAUGGGAACGCUGCAUCCACCUGACCCUGCUGCUGGUUCAGCUGAGUUUACCUGAAGCUGCAGCUUCCUGUCGGAUCCUGAGGUGCAACGCAGAGUUUGUUGCUGCGACUGUCCACCUGAGCAGCAGCAGCGCCGCAGCUCUCAGCAGGGAGGCGGUGAACUCCGCGUACUGCGGCGCCCUGCGCUCCUACGGCAUGUGCACCAAGAGGAUGGCGCGCUCGUGUCGAGGAGACCUCGCAUACCACUCUGCAGUUCAGGGCAUUGAGGACCUGCUGAUCCAGCACCGCUGCCCCAGGGCGGGGCCCACGCUCCAGCCGGGGCCCCUGCCUCAAGGCACCAUGUCAGGAGACACCUGCCUGUAUGAGAGGAACCACGUCAGCAGAGAGGGACAGAUGCCAGAGUACCUGUACUGCAGCGUGUUCGGAGACCCUCACAUUCGAACCUUCAAUAAUGACUUCCACACAUGUGCUGCUCGGGGGGCGUGGCCGCUCAUAGACAAUGACUACCUGUAUGUACAGGUCACCAGUACGCCAGCCAAGGGGGGGGCGUACCCCACAGUUCUCUCCAAGGUCACCAUCAUCUUCAAGAGUUGGCGUCAGUGUACUGACCAGCAGCUGUACCAGGCGGAGCUGGACGACGUUCCUGCCGCGUUCUCUGACGGCUCGGUGUGGAGUGGUGAGCGCCGAGGCCACCGCAUCCUGACGGUGCGGACCGAGAGCCUCGGCCGGCACGCGGAGAUCCGAGCGGCUUACAUCGGCACGCUGCUGGUGGUGCGUCAGAGCGGCCGUUCCCUCAGCCUGUCCAUCCGCUCGCCCCGCGGCAUCGUGGAGGCCUUCGACCCCGAACACGACCUGCAGCUCUGCAUGUGGGGCUGCCCCGCCUCCCAGAGGAUAAACACGCUGCGCCCCACAGCGCCGGACUCUUUGGCUGCAGCCACCAUCAGAGCAGAAGCUCACUGUGCUGCCCUGCUUCCUACCCAAGAUGUCUACUAUCACGCAUGCGUGUUUGACCUGGUCACCAGCGGAGACCCGAACUCCAGCAGGGCCGCUGUCAGCGCGCUGCAGGACGCCCGCAACAUGAUGAGCAACAGGCAGGGCGUCCACCUGCUUCCUGCCGCCGCUGCAGGACGAGCGCAACUGCAACUGCCGCUGCUGCUCAGCAUGCUGGGAGUCCUGGGCGCCGCCUGAAUGGACCUGAACCUCUCAUUAAACACAACCUGCAGCUGAGCUGGGAGAGAUCCUAACAUCUCAACACAGCGGCAGAGGUGUGGAGGCCGCAUCAAGCACAUGACCCAGAGGUCCUUUUACAGCCAUUAUCAGUCUUCUCAGUUACAGUUUGGAGUAAAAAUCCAGUUUUCCAGCUUUCUGCAACAUACAAAUAUCUCCAGAGCUUUGGAAACAAAUUGGUACAGGCCUAAAUACCUUUAACCUGGUUGGAUUCAUAAUGUGCAGCCAUCUACGUUCUGCACCUAAUCAAUCUGGUUCCACUCCCUUCCAGUCCCUUUGGGGAAAGGAGGGACAUUCAGCAGAACUUUUUUAAGUUGAUUGGUUGAAGGGACACCUGGUGCCCGCCUACCAAAGGUUGGUUUUAGCCAAUCACGUUAUCAAAUGAAAAUGUACGCAGCAGGCGCCAUGAGAA